CAGACGACUGGGAAUGUCUGAGAGUUUGUUUUCCAGGCUGGACAACCCGGAAUUGACAAUUGAGCUGAGUAUUCAGUAUCGGAUGAAUUCGGAAAUCAUGAGACUGCCGAAUGAGUUGACUUAUGGUGGAAGGCUGAGGUGUGCGAGUGAAGAAGUUGGAAAUUCAUGUUUGCCGGGAUAUCUUCAGGACACGUUGAAGGAGGAGCCUGAAUGGUUGCAAAAAGUUCUGAACGUGGAAUUAUUGAAUGCUGUCAAAUUUCUGACAACUAGUCAAGCGUUGUCAAGUUGCUCGGAAAGCAAAGAUGUGCACGGGAGAAUAGUGAACUUGGGAGAAGCGAAUUUGAUGCUGAAAAUCGUGUCAACCCUUGCUGAGGCUGGGUUUGACGAAGACGAGAUCGGGGUCAUCACGCCAUUCAGAGCCCAGGUGAAUCUGCUGAAACAGGCCCUGAGGGAGUCGGAUUUGACCCGGGUCGAGGUCAACACUGUGGACCAGUACCAGGGCAGAGACAAGAGCGUCGUUAUUUAUUCCUGCGUUCGCACGUCUGCCGAUGUUUCCACGAUGAUUCUUACGUGUCGGCACUUGGUUUCUUUCGCGACUUCGUUGGCAGUUAGGCGGAAUAUGGCCUCGUUAACUGUGCCAUUAUUCCGCGCACCGUACUUGAACCGAAGUCCCGUGAAAGUGAAAUUCCCCGACGGGGAAUGGCAAGACAGGAAAAGUGCGCAAGAGAGUUUGCGUGGAGGACAUGACCCGGUUUUCCCCGAUGACCCGACUUUGAAGGAGGAAACCCGUGCCGAGGAUUUGCACACGUUUGAAUUGAGCGAUGACAGCGUGGGAACCGAGCCAGUGUUGAGGAACUUGAAAUACAAGAAGUUGGAGUUGAAUGACUCGUUAUUCCGGCAAAUGAUGAUGAACUCGAAAGCGUCCAAGAAACGGCGUCUGAAGCAAGGAAUGAAGGACAAAUACGAUGUUUUCAUGGUGGAAGGAUCACGUUUGCUGAGAGAUGCGAUCGAAGUCGGUCUGGAGCCGCAAGCAGUUUUCUUUUCUCGGGAAUCUGACCUGAAAUCGUGUUUCACUCAUUGUCCACCAGUCAUUGAAGAAAUCAUGGAGGGUAAAAUCUAUAAAGUGCCGUACAAAACGAUGCAGACUUGGUCUGAUGUAGCGUCAUCCCCUGGGAUUCUCGGUGUUUUCUUGAGGAAGGAAGUCAACAAAGUUCUGGAAGACAUGGAAAAUUCUCAGGAAAUCAAGGAGUUCACGGUGAUCAUGGACAAUGUUAGGGAUCCCGGGAACAUGGGUUCAAUGUUGAGGUCCUGCGCUGCUGCGGGUUGUCGUCGGGUUAUUUUGACAAAAGGAUGCGUUGACGCGUGGAACCCGAAAGUUGUCAGAGGAGGCAUGGGAUCCCAUUUCAGACUGCCUUUGAUAGACGACGCAACCUGGGAACAAAUCAGGUCCACGAUCCCUCGGGACUCUCAAAUUUUCGUCGCUGAUGCGGAAUCAGCGGACACUGUUCCUUACCGAAGUGUUUCGUCCAUCGUGGACAAGGACGCGUCGUUGAAAGGAAAUUCGCACGCAGUUUUGAUCAUUGGCGGAGAAACUGAGGGACUGAGUCCAGAAGCCUACGGACUCGUGGCCGAGUUUGAGGAUUGCAAACGAAUUCACGUACCUUUGGCCAGAGGAAUGGAGAGUUUGAAUGUCAAUGCUGCGUUUAGUGUUCUUGUUUUUCAUAUCUCAGGGUUGAUGGAGUGACGAUCGAUUUGUUUUUUGUUUUUUUUUGGAAGGAG